AUGCACUGGGAUGCAGCAUUCUCCCAGAAGCAGCCCUGCUCCUGCAUCAUGCUGCAGGCCACCAUCAAGCUGUGCUGUGGCAUUGCCCAUGACCAUCUCCGCCACCUGCCUGGGUUGAAGACAACAGCCAUUGCAGCAAUACAGAAGGACACAACAGGACUGAUGGUAAGAGGGUCCCAUCACCUGUCUUCCAAAAUUCCUUCUUAUAUUCAGAGGCUGAUGGGGAAGGAGACAGCCUGCCCUGAGCUGGCUGGAAACACCAGCACCAGCCAGUUGUCCAGUGUGGACCUCUCCUACAUCACCCAGGGAGAAGCAGCCCUGCAGCAAGCGCUGAGCAUCCUGCAGCAGCACACCAGCUGGCAGGCAGAAAUGAUGCUGGAAAAUGGGGCUACCAUGUCCAGCACUGCCCUCCCUGGGCUGGGAAAGGUGUUUCGGGCUGAAGUGGUCCUGCCUAUGCCAGUGGCACGGCUGCACCAGGAGCUGUUUGAGAGGAUUGAGCAAAUGCCCCAGUGGAACCCAGCCAUCAGCACAGUGAAGGUGCUGCAGCGCAUUGGGAGGGACACACUGGUGACACAUGAAGUCACUGCUCCCAGCCCAGGCAACCUGGUGGGCCAGCGGGAUUUUGUCAGCGUGCGGCACCGCGGGAGGAAGGAGACAGCCAUCUACCUGGUGGGCACUGCCACGCACAUCGAGAAGCUGCCCCUACAGAAAGGAUGCAUCAGGGCCGAGUCCCAGCUGAGCUGCAUAGUUCUGCAGCCACUGGCAGGGGACCCCAGCCAUACCCGCUUCACCUGGCUCCUGAGCAUGGACCUGAAGGCAAGUGCUAACAUGUUGCUUGGAAUGUGACAGCAAGGGAUACGAAUCCCAGUGUGCAAAUGUGCCUUCCUCCCUGGGAUGGGUGCUCCACCUCUUUGACCCAGUGGGACCAAAUUUGGGGUGUUUUCUCUCCCAAAGGGCUGGAUCCCCACAUCUGUCAUUAACCGUGUCCUGCCCCAGUCCCAAGCAGACUUCAUCAAGCACCUUGGCUGGCACCUCUCUACUACUGCAUGCCCUUGA